UAUUAUUGUGCUUAAUUGAAUAACUAAGAAAAUAUAAAACAAAGAAAGAAAUACAAAAAAUAUAUAAAAAUGAAAAAUAUUAUAUAUUCUCAAAACUGAUUCAAAAGGCUGCGAAAUUCAAAAAAAAACAAAAACUUCAACUAAUCGCCUCUAAAAUUUGCUUUCAAGCAUCAGCAGCGAAAGUUUUAAGAACUCACGCCCAACUGCAAAACAGUACACAUACUGAAGAAUACUCAAAAACCUUCGAGAACUCUUCUACACAGCUUCAGAAAUACUUUAAACACUUGAAGCGUUUCGAAAAAACCAAGCAGGACACAGCUAUACUGCAGCUAGCAAAUUAACCUUUGCCCAACCAAGUGAGAAAAAAGCUUGGAAACUUCGUACAGCGCAUUGUUGUUGUUGUUGUUAUUGUAUGCGAAACACGCGCGCAUCAAAGUUGAAAAGUGCAAUUUAAGUGUGUGUUAAGCGAAACUUUUGCGCCCAACUACGGCCGUUUUUUUUUAUUUAAACUAAACUAUAACUAAAUUACACGUCACACGUGUGUUUGCGGUAGUAUUGGUGUACACUUACAUAGAUACAUACAUACAUAUAUGUGUUGCACUCACCUGCGCUGGCUGACUCGUCCGCUGCGCUACGCUGCUCGCCUAUUUUGUGGAUAAUUAAACGCGUAAUUGUGCGGCACAAAAACUUUCAUUGUUGUCCUUGUUGUUGUGUUUAUAAAAGGACGUGAUUUUUCUACGCCGUUGACGGACUGUGUGUAUGAGCAGCAAAGAGUUGCGGAAUUGAGAAACAUACAAGUACAAGUGUGUGAGUGUCUGUGCGCGUUUACUAAAUAAAAUUGGUGAAGGUAAAUUGGUGAAAGUGUGAUAAAAAGUUGAAAUCAAACGCACUUUAAUAGAAGCAUACUAAAAUAUUAUAAUAACAGUUACUGAAAUAAACGGUGCAUAAAAUAUUUAUAAUAAAAGUUUCUAAAAAAUAGACUAUAAUUGCCUUCUCAGCAUUUUCUCGUGUUGACCUAAGCUUUUUUAUUCAAAGCACGCUAGGACGGGUUUCCAAGUAGGAAACCCGCCAUAUAAUUGUCGUCAAAAUUUUCACAGACGGAAAUAAGCUUGGUCCUGCUGCCGCGGGAAGAGGCAUGUUCUGCUAUCAGUGUCCGCCAUCGUUGCAUCCAUGUGGACCGCAUCCGUCGCGCUUGCCAACGCUGGAUUAUCCGUUUGCAGCAACGCAUCCAUAUGCAAGCUACUCGUAUCAUCCUUCCAUACAUGAUGAGACAUUUGUGCGACGUAAGCAGCGGCGUAAUCGUACUACAUUCACAUUGCAACAGUUGGAAGAGUUGGAAACUGCCUUUGCGCAGACCCACUAUCCGGAUGUGUUCACACGUGAGGACCUGGCGAUGAAAAUAAAUCUGACGGAAGCGCGCGUUCAGGUUUGGUUUCAGAAUCGACGCGCAAAAUGGCGUAAAGCCGAACGCCUUAAGGAUGAGCAACGCAAGCGCGAGAAUGGCGAGAGCAGCGGUUCGCUGGACAAGCUACAUGAUAGUCGCGAGUCUUCGCCUGACAUUACCGGCGAAAUCGAUGAUGACGAACCAUCGUUACGUCGCUCACACAGUCCCGGUCCGCUAUCGGCCAGUCCGCAUGCCAUUGACUCGGACAAUGAACGUCCCCUCUCAUCGACGCAGCUUACCACACAAUCGGCAUCGCAAUCGGUUGGUUCGAUAAGCGCUGGUUCGCCAUCGCCCAGUGCGCGCGCCACUCCUCAACAUUGUCCCAAUAGUCCGACUUCUAAUUCCCGUCAUACAGAUUCGCCCAUCGAAGUUGGCGGUCCGAUAUCGUUGACUUCGCGUACAUCGUCCGGCACUACGCCCACAACGGCGCUACACAGCACGCCCACUACUUUUGGUAGUCACAUUUUCGGAAAUUUCGGUGGUGAUAGCAAUUGCGGCUUUCGUCCGGUGCUCAACGACAACUCCGGCAGCGUGGUCGCUUCUGGUGCUGGCGCACAACGCAGCACCACCACCGCGCAUCCACCACUCUUUCUGCCGCCGCAUUUGGCCUCGCUGAGCUCACAAUUUACACAUCAACCACUCUUUCCCGGACUAAAAGGCGUCUCACCGUUUCCGGGUCUCUGCUCGUGCUGCUCGCUGAAACCACCGCCACCACCGCCUAGCGCCUCAUCGGUAGCUGCUGCCGCUGCUGCAGCCGCCGCAGCUGCUGUUGCCUCUUCCAGCUCCUCCUCUGGUAUACCCAUUUCUUCGGCUGCGCCCUCUGCUAGCAGCUCACCCGAUUCGCCUCCCCAUGUCACCUCGGUCCUUAGCCAGUCGUCGCAUAACAAUCAUGAUGCACGUUCCAGUUCUGUAGCUGAGCUGCGUCGCAAGGCGCAAGAACACUCUGCUGCACUGCUGCAAUCUCUACACGCCGCCGCCGCUGCUGGUCUGGCAUUUCCGGGUCUACACUUGCCACCGCUUUCGUUCCAUCAUCACUCCGCCGCUGCGCUGAGCAAUGCGCAUGCUGCCGCCGCCGCCGCUGUUGCAAAUAAUAACAACAAUCACAAUAAUAACAAUAACAAUAAUAAUGGUGUACGCCUGAAAAGCGAGUCGGCUCAGGAUAUGACGGCCAGCACCAUGAACGGCCUAUCGGCUGCAGCAGCAGCAGCGGCGGCGGCGGCAGCCAACAAUCAUCACAGCAUUGCCAGUUUGACGCUGCUCGAUGCGCAGAAUGCCGCAUAUCACCAACACCAACAGCAACAGCAGCAACAACAACUUUCACAAGCGGCUGCACUGCAUCUGCAACAACAACAGCAGCAGCAACAACUUUCGCCGCCAAUAACGCCAACACACACGCCCACACUUCAUCGCCAGGAUACGCCGCCGAAGUGCACACCUAAUGGUGCCGGCAGCGGUGGCGUCACAAUUACGAAAAGUGAAUAAUUGUAGUCAGUGGUUCCCAAAUGUACUCAAAGCAGCAAAUGAGUGAAAUUUUCAUAUUAUAUUAAGUGAAAUGAUAAAAGCAAUAGAAACAUAUUGGUGGAAGCUGCCGCGCAAGGUUAGAUUUACCAUACUUAUACAUAUGUAUAUACAUAUAUUAUAUCUAAUAACAGUUACAUUAGUAGUUAGUAGUAGCUCAUAACAAGAGUAGUUUAGUGUUACUUAAUUACAAGUAGCUUUAAAAUCGUAUUUACAAUAUAAUUAUAUAUAUUUAGUUAUAGGCUCGCCGUACAAAUUUUUAGUAUUUCUUCGACUUUCGAAUUCUAAGAAGAAAUUAAAAUUUUUGUUAUUUUCCCUUUUCACUGCUAUUUACUCCUAAAAAUUCCUUAUCGUCUACAGAAUAAUAGAUUACUUGCUUGGAUACAAAGCUUAGCCUUUCUAAGCUAAAACUGUUGAAAGAGCAGUUUAGGCAUUUCGAGGUUACACAGAAUCGAAUAUUUCGGAAAAAAAUAAUACUCGGAGAUAAAACAGUGACGCCACAUAUGCAUAAUAUUUAUUUUGUUAAAAUAUUUGAUUUAUUUCAUUUAAUCUUUUAUAUAUUUAUUUUAUUUAUGCUUAUUGUUUUCUCUUUCUUCCUGCUAAUAUGAUAAAUAACCUAAAAUUAUAAUCUGAGAUGUUCACUCCUAAAUGUAUGAAAUACGAAUUUGCUUUGGAAAGGGUCUACUUUUCUCGAGUCUAACUUAGAUUUUUACUGCCGGUCCAGUAUUGCCAUCUCUGAAACCAACUAUUUCCGUUAUGCAAUAGCAAUUGCAUCAAGUCUUAAUUCCGUAUGUCAGCUUUUUCUUCAUUUCUCGAAGUAUUUUUGAUGAAUAUCAAAGAAAUAUCUGCCCUGCUGUGUUGUCGGUUAUGCUCUUUGUCAUAUUCUUGAUUUUGUGAUUUGUAAGAAAACUUAAAAUCGAAUUACCCACAUGACAUGUUGGGUGAAUGUAAAUACGAUUAACAUAUGAAGAAUCUACAUGGCAAUUAAGACGCAGAUUUUGGACUUUCGGUAUGCUACUUCUAUUUUCUCUUGGUCACCAAGCUUUUUUAUCGUUGCGCCAGAAUGUAGGCAAUACUUGUCUGCAGCCAUACUAUACAGAGUUUAUGUAUAAUUUACAUAUUCUAUAGCAAUUAUCAUAAUAAUGUUGAAUAGAGCUCUACUGAAAAUUUCUAUGGGUCCAGUUGAUUCAAAAUAUAUAUAUAUAUUUGUGUACGAGCUAAAAUUCCAUUGAACUGUUAAUAUGGAACUAAAUUUCAUAAAAAUCCAUCAGAAUAAGUCUAAAGCGUUGGUACUCAGUUUUUUUUUAAUUAAUGUUUUAUUGUUACUACUCUUAAAUUUCUCCAAAUUUUUUAUUACUUCUCUUAAAUUUCCGUAAUUACUACUUUCAUUCAUUUUGUAUAAAAUGACUCCUAUUUUUUGAGAUAAACCUAUGCAAAUAGAAUUCAUCAGAAAACUAUUAUAAUAAAUGUGGAACCUGAUAAUAUCUGUAAGAGUAAGCAACGUUCAAUGAAAAAGUGCGAUAGAAACGACUAAGUCCACCAUUUUAUCAAAUUUUUAUUUAUAUCCUGGCAAAACGCUAUCACCUCCAAAUGCUAGUUUUUGUCAGUACAAUCUACUCAUCGUCAUAAGUCAUACGUCAAAUAUAUGAGUUUUGAACACAGGAAAUCUUUACAAAGAACUAAAUGUUCUUAAAAAAGUUACUGAAUGAUCGAUUUGGUAUUUCUAAAAAAAUAUUGAUCUUUGGUAUGACUUUGAGCUAUAAGAGCUGUUGAGUGCUUCUAAUGUUAAAUUGGAUAAAUUUCAUUAAUGAUUUCUGUUACAUUUCGAUGGUAUUAUCGUUUAACAAAGCGGAGCUGCUCACAAGUUACCUGUGAGCUUAAGACCAGCAUGCUUUAAUUAUAUUUACUGUUAUGACAACCUUUGAAUAAUAAUAUAUAAUAAGAAGAGCCAGACCAACAUUUUGUGUCUGGAGCAAACCGCUGUAUAAACUACAAAAUUUGAUCAUUAGAGGUUUUACCAAGCCCUUAAAAAGAUUCUACAUAAAACGUCAAACUUGUAAUAAAAUUUACUUUAUAUGUUGUUAAUGUUAUGUUAAUACUAUUUUUCUCUAACUGUUUUGUAUUGUUUUUUAUGAUAAUAAAGUAAUUCCAUGCCCAAGGUCCGUUUUCUAAAAUUUAUUUGCAAAACUACCAAACGACGUAGCUGUAAUGAGCACUACAAAUUCCAAAUUACCAUUUUUCUUUAUUUGCUUCAUUUUUUGUUACAUUCAUUGGAAUUAAUUUUGCUUAUUAAACAAUAACACAUCUCAGCACUAUAAAGAACAAUACUUUUACUUUUGUUAACUUUGUUUUUGUCUUAACAAGUGGCGUCAAUAGAAAACACAAUAUGAGAACAACAAUGACUUAGUGGAAAGUAAUCACUUGCUUUCGAACCAGAUCACGAUUCUCACCACAGAAACAAUGAGACGCAUUCAAAUGAAUGGCAUUAUAAUUACACAGCAUUGUAAUCUAGUGAAGUGGAGAAAAAAGCUAAAAAAUAAUGAACAAAAAUAUUGAAAAAAAAAGGAAUUAAAAAUAUUAAAAAACGUUAAGCAAAUAUUAGAAUAAACAGUUAGCGUAUAAUAAAGUGCAGUGCUGCACUUACAUAAUUAAAUCCAUAAUAUAAUAAACAAAUAGACAUAAAAUAGUAAGUAAUAUAUAAUGCAUACUUGAAUAUUAUAUAUAAUACAAAAAAAUGCAAGCAGAUGCAAAUAAAAAUAAUUUAAAAGCACAUGAAGUUGUAAAAAAAAUAAUUAUUAUUUAAUGAUUUACAGCAACACUAGUGAGUUAACAUACUAAUUUGCUCACAACAAUAAAAUAUUAGACAAACAAUGAAGAGCAGAAUAGAAAUAAUAGUAUUAGGCAAUUAAAAUCAACAUUGCAUAAUUAACAAUAUUAAACAAAUAUAUAAAAAAAAAAUUAAAAUAAAAAAAAUUAAACAAAAUAUUUAAAAUCAAACAAAAUAUAAUAAAAACAAACAAAAAUAAAAUUUUAAACGUAGUUUAGCCGAGUUCAAGCGCUUAUCAGCGCUUCAAACAACGCGAUAACACUGGAAAAACAAUAACAAACAUAUGUAAAUAAGCAAGCAAACACACAAGUGAAAUAUACUUAUAGUUAUAUAUAAAUAUUUAAGCUUAACAAUACUUAAAUAAGUGAGUAAAAUAUUGAAAUAAAUAUUAUUAAAUAAAUAUUGAAAUUGUAAGCAACUAUAGCCUUCGAACUAAAUAUUCACCAUAGCAUAGACAUACCAUACAUAUACAUAUGUAUUUACGAAUGUAAGCACACAUGCACACAAAAGCGUCUCAUAUGCAGUUGUGUAUGCCUGUGUCACACAUAUUAUGUACAUAAGUCCAUAUACAUAUAUAAUAUUAUUUAAAACGGCAAAAUAAAUUCGAAUGAAAAGUUGAAA